CCGGCACCCUAAGGAGCGGGUUGAGCUGCGGGGACGCAACUGGAUUAGGUUCAGCCAUGGACCGGAAGGUGGCCCGGGAAUUCCGACACAAGGUGGAUUUUCUAAUUGAAAAUGACGCAGAGAAGGACUAUCUUUAUGAUGUGCUGCGGAUGUACCACCAGACCAUGGAUGUGGCCGUGCUCGUGGGAGACCUGAAGCUGGUCAUCAAUGAGCCCAGCCGUCUGCCCCUGUUCGAUGCCAUCCGGCCCCUGAUCCCACUGAAGCACCAGGUGGAGUAUGACCAGCUGACACCCCGACGCUCCAGGAAGCUGAAGGAGGUACGUCUGGACCGUCUGCACCCAGAAGGCCUCGGCCUCAGCGUGCGUGGAGGCCUGGAAUUUGGCUGUGGACUCUUCAUCUCCCACCUCAUCAAAGGUGGUCAGGCAGACAGUGUGGGGCUGCAGGUAGGGGACGAGAUUGUCCGGAUCAAUGGCUAUUCCAUCUCCUCCUGUACCCACGAGGAAGUCAUCAACCUGAUCCGCACCAAGAAGACUGUGUCCAUCAAAGUGAGACACAUCGGCCUGAUCCCUGUGAAGAGCUCUCCCGAGGAGCCUCUCAAGUGGCAGUAUGUGGAUCAAUUUGUGUCAGAGUCUGGGGGUGUGCGAGGUGGCGUGGGCUCUCCUGGCAAUCGAACAACCAAGGAGAAGAAGGUGUUCAUCAGUCUAGUGGGCUCCCGGGGCCUGGGCUGCAGCAUCUCCAGUGGCCCCGUCCAGAAGCCUGGCAUCUUCAUCAGCCAUGUGAAGCCCGGCUCCCUGUCUGCAGAGGUGGGCUUAGAGACAGGAGACCAGAUUGUGGAAGUCAAUGGCAUCGACUUCUCCAACCUGGACCACAAGGAGGCCGUGAAUGUCCUGAAGAGUAGCCGCAGCCUGACCAUCUCCAUCGUAGCUGGAGCUGGCCGGGAGCUGUUCAUGACAGACCGGGAACGGCUGGAGGAGGUACGGCAGCGUGAGCUGCAACGGCAGGAGCUCCUCAUGCAGAAGCGGCUGGCAAUGGAGUCCAACAAGAUCCUCCAGGAGCAGCAGGAGAUGGAGCGCCAGAGGAGAAAGGAAAUCGCCCAGAAGGCCGCUGAGGAAAACGAGAGAUACCGGAAGGAGAUGGAGGAGAUCGUGGAGGAGGAAGAGAAGUUUAAGAAGCAGUGGGAAGAGGACUGGGGCUCGAAGGAACAGCUCAUCCUGCCGAAAACCGUCAGCGCAGAGGUGCAUCCGGUGCCCCUCCGCAAGCCCAAGUCCUUUGGGUGGUUUUACCGUUACGAUGGCAAAUUCCCGACCAUCCGGAAGAAAGGAAAAGAGAAGAAGAAAGCCAAGUAUGACAGCCUGCAGGACUUGAGGAAAAACAAGAAGGAACUGGAGUUUGAGCAAAAGCUGUACAAAGAGAAGGAAGAGAUGCUGGAGAAGGAGAAACAGCUGAAGAUCAACCGGCUGGCCCAGGAGGUGUCUGAGACUGAGCGGGAGGACUUUGAGGAAUCGGAAAAGACUCAGUAUUGGGUGGAGAGGCUCUGUCAGACCCGCCUCCAGCAGAUUUCCUCUGCCGAGAAUGAGAUUGCUGAGAUGACCACAGGGCCCCCACCUCCCCCACCUUCUGUGUCUCCUCUGGCCCCACCCUUGAGACGCUUCGCCGGUGGGCUCCACCUCCACACCACUGACUUGGAUGACAUCCCUCUGGACAUGUUCUACUAUCCUCCCAAGACUCCCUCGGCCUUGCCUGUGAUGCCCCACCCUCCACCCAUCAACCCACCUGCCAAGGUCCCUGCCCCUCCUGUCCUUCCCUCACCAGGCCACAUGAGCGCCUCGUCCUCACCUUGGGUGCAGCGCACUCCACCCCCGAUCCCCAUUCCUCCCCCUCCAUCCAUUCCCACUCAAGACCUCACUCCUACUCGCCCACUGCCCUCAGCACUAGAAGAGGCCUUGGGCAACCACCCCUUCCGCACUGGGGACCCAGGCCACCCAGCCGCCGACUGGGAGGCAAGCACCCACAGUGGGAAGCCCACCAGCUCCCCCAGCCCUGAGCGGAGCUUCCCACCCACCCCAAAGACAUUCUGCCCAAGCCCACAGCCUCCACGAGGCCCUGGCGUGUCCACCAUCUCCAAACCUGUCAUGGUCCACCAGGAACCCAACUUCAUCUACAGGCCAGCUGUGAAAUCUGAGGUCCUGCCGCAGGAGAUGCUGAAGAGGAUGGUGGUGUAUCAGACAGCUUUCAGACAAGACUUCAGAAAAUAUGAAGAAGGCUUUGACCCCUACUCCAUGUUCUCACCAGAGCAGAUUGCGGGGAAGGAUGUCCGGCUUCUGCGCAUCAAGAAGGAGGGGUCUUUAGACUUGGCCUUGGAGGGUGGAGUGGACUCCCCCGUGGGGAAGGUGGUCGUCUCUGCUGUGUAUGAAGGCGGAGCUGCUGAACGCCAUGGUGGCGUUGUGAAAGGGGACGAGAUCAUGGCCAUCAAUGGCAAGAUUGUGACGGACUAUACCCUGGCUGAGGCUGAGGCUGCCCUGCAGAAGGCCUGGAAUCAGGGCGGGGACUGGAUAGACCUUGUGGUUGCUGUUUGUCCCCCCAAGGAAUACGACGAUGAGCUGACCUUCUUUUAAAGUCCGGAGAGAGAAGCCAGCCAGACUCCAUCCUGGAGUCCGGUAAGCUCUGCACCUAGCCCCUGAACUCAGCCUGAGAAACAGUCACCAGGUGUAGAGAGGUCUCCCUGAAACCGUGCCCCAGACAAAGAAUGCAAAUGGCCUGGUCCCUCCUCCAAGGCGGCCAAGAAGUGGACCAAAAAGCAGCUGCCCUUCUGGAGGCGCCCUGCAGGAUUCCAGGUCCCAUUUCCCACUUCCUCCAGCUCUAAGUGGCCCCUCCCAGCUCUGGAGCAUUCCUUCCUUGAGACCUAGGAGCCGCCAGCUCCUGCCGCUCUCUCCCACCCUCUUCUGAUCACGGCUGAAAACCUGACUGAGCUCACUAAUAAACAAG